GACUUUGUAUGGGGCUUUGCACUGAUUAUCUCCGGUCUCUGUUUCUGCAUUCUUGUUAUCAGCUACAACCCCUUCAAAUUCUGCAAGGCCAUUGUCAAUGAUUUUGGGAUUAACGAUUGGAAGCUACCAAAAUUUUUUGUCUUUAUCAUUGCAGGAUUGGUUCCGCUGGAGGCCAUUGGACUGAUUAUUUGGUGGACGUAUUCAAACAUUGCUUCCACUAGGUGGUAUGAGCUGGCUGCAGAAUCAUUGGCUUCGACGUUCCUCGAGUGGAGUAUACUUCUAGCAACGAUCCUUGUCUUUAAUUUCAUUGCCUACCGACUCAAAUGCACAGUAGUUAAAUCCUCCACUGAAGUCGGUUACGAUCCGCAUAACCUCUCUGAAGUUCCGCCGGCGGAAGCAUAUAAAUUGGUGAGAGAAAUUACACUCUAUUCUCAGGCCACUUUGGAUAUUGGUGUUGAUUUAUCGAAUGACUCAAACAAAUGUCAUACUACACGAGACAAUCUCAGAUUGAAGCAAUGCGAAUAA